AUCAAUGUGGCCAUCAAAACUACAAAUAACGAAACAUGUUUCAUCGGUAAAAUAACAGAAGCUUCCCCUCUUGUGUUCUGUAAUUAUAUUUUGAGAACAGGAAGUUUAAUCAUUUCCUUCUCAGAAAACCAAAGUAUUUUUGAAAUAGAAGUUUUUGGAGGACGCAAUGUUGCACUAUGGAAAAAGACGUCACAGACAUCAGAUUACAAUAAUAUUUAUACAUCUGACAAAGCUGUGGAUGGCUGGGAUAGCGGAGGCGAUAUGUCGAAUAACUCAUGCACACACACAUAUGAACGAGAUGAUCCUAAUGGUCCUUCUUGGGAGGUUGAUCUUGGAAUCCCAUAUUCAAUUAUGUCAGUCCGCAUAGCAAAUAGAAAAAAUCUUGAAAAGAGGUUGAAUGGAUUUCAGUUAUUUGGAAUAAGCUUAACAAACCUUAAGCAGUUGAUGUAUACAGAACCAGUAAAUGCUACUCCAAGAAAUCCAGUUUGGGUGGAUUCGUCAAUUAUGAGAACAUCUUUGUACCACACAAUAAUCAUUGAUGGAAAAAACCUAGUUCUGUACAAAGGCGGCUACAAGAUUCUCACUCUCUGUGAAGUAGAAGUGUUUGCUUGCAGAUUAACUGAAAAUGCCGGAGAAGACUGCAUUGGUUUUUGUCCAAAACAUUGCCAGCAAACAGAAAAGUGUUUGAAUGAAAAUUUUACAUGUCCUAAGUGUACUCCUGGAUGGAAGGGUCCUCAUUGCACUCAAGUUGUUUCUUGUGGAAGACCAAAUGUAGCCAAAAGAAAUAUGUCUCUUUCUCCUGAUUAUUCUUCUUAUAAAUUUAAUACAACAGUAACUUUUACGUGCCUCAAAGGAUUUAUCAUACGAGGAUCUACACAAGCUGUUUGUGGACCAAAAGGGAUUUUCAUUAAUCAUGAUGAUUCUAGAUCUCCGUCAUGUGAAGCUGUGACUUGUUCCAAUCCUGUCAAUCUAUCGAAUAUAAUAAAGAUUCCUUCAAAAGCGAAUUAUAACUACCAUGAGAGGGUAAACUUUUCUUGUGUGAGAGGAUACUUUCUUCAAAAACCGACAACAGCUGUGUGCGAAACAACGGGUUUCCGGUAUACAAAUGAAUAUCCACAUUGUACAGCUAUACAGUGUAAUGAAACGGCUAUUGUAAUUUCUCACAUAAUCAUAGACGAGAGGAAAUCAUACAACUACAACGAAACAAAAACAUUUGACUGUUCAGAGGGCUUCAUCAGAUAUGGAUCAGCAACAGGAACAUGUAAAGACACAAACAAAUUUCUCUUUUCCUCCGAGUAUGGCGUCCCAUCAUGUAAAGAAAUGUUUGACGAAUUUAGUGAGGAGAAGGGAGUGUAUUUAUUUUUCCCCUUUCUCUUAAAACAUAAUGAGCACCCUUGCCAUUUGUGUAUUUGCUAUCUUUUCACAGCCAUAACGUGCAACGAAUCAGCUAUUAGAAUUGAAAAUCUCUUGAGGAAUGCAACGGCUAUCUACAGUUACAAUCAAUCAAAAGAAUUUAAGUGCAAAGAAGGUUACGUUAACACUGGAUCAAACGAGGGGACGUGCAAAAAUCAAGAUGGUUUUGAAUAUUCAUCAAAACUUGGUGAACCAUUUUGCAAAGAAAAAGAUCAUUUUCAAUCAAUUAUCGGAGCAUUGUCUGGAGGGAUACUCGGUGGAAUUGGUACAUUAGUAUUUAUUAUUAUUGCACUGGUACUCCUCAGAAGGAAAUCUUCAAAUGUAAAAGCAAUUGCUGCACCCUGUCCCCCAGACAAUGAGCAAAUGCUAAGCAACUUAGAUAAUCAAUAUGCAGAGGUCAAGAAGCCAUCGAGAAAGAAAAAAGGAACUACAGCCUCAAAACUUAAAACAGAGAGUAACGAUGGAUCACAAACCUAUUGUAACGUGAACGCCAUAAAUGAGGAUAACUGGAAUAUGCCAGAUCAGAACGUUUACUAUGAUUUUUCACCAGCGUCAAAUCCAUCGGAAACUGCGAUCAAAUUAUUCCUGUUCAAGGACUAUGUGGAGAACAAGAAAAGAGAAAUCAAUUUUUUCAGCGAUCAGUUUAAGAAAUUUCAUAGAGGUCUUCAGUUUUCGGCUACGGCUGCUGUAGCGUCUGGCAAUAAGUCAAAAAACAAAUACAAAAAUAUCUAUCCAUACGAUGAAACACGUGUUAAACUGAACACGGAAAAUGAACAUGCAAAACCAGAUUUCAUCAAUGCAUCUUUUAUACACGGAUAUGGAAAAGUAAAGGCAUAUAUUGCUGCACAAGGACCUUUGGUGGAUACCAUUGAUGACUUUUGGUCAAUGAUUUGGAAUGAAAAUUGUGAGAAAAUUGUGAUGCUAACAAACUUAACGGAGAAUAACAAGGUAAAAUGCAUCCAGUACUGGCCUGAGAAAGACUUAAUGAAGAAAGGACAUCUUAUCGUAGAAUUUGUAGAUAUGGAAGAGUUUUCAGACUUCACAAUUCGAACAUUUUGCAUUAAAAAGGAAAAUGAACAGAGAAUCAUUCGACAUUUUCACUUUACGGCAUGGCCAGAUAAAGGAGUACCAAUUUAUGCCUCUUCUCUAGUUCAUUUUCACUCAAAAGUGAGAAACACCACAGCCCAGGGCAAGGGACCUUUGGUUGUACAUUGCAGUGCUGGGAUUGGUAGAACAGGCACUUUUAUUGCGUUAGACUUCCUGAUUCAGGAGGCCAAAGAAUCUGGCUUUAUAGAUGUGUUUAGGUGUGUGGAAACAUUAAGACGACAACGGGUAAACAUGGUCCAAACUUUGGAGCAGUAUAUAUUUCUUCACGAUGCCUUAGUGGAAGCAUUAAUGUGUACAUCCUCUGAUCCUUCCACAACCGAAUUUACUCAGAUUUAUGCAGAUCUGAUGAAAGUAGACCCAGAGAGUGGCAAAAGAAAUCUUGACAAAUAUUUUGAGAACCUUUGUACUGGCUGUGCUGAAAUCCCUCAAGCCGCCUACGACUUCGCUAAAAAACAAGAAAACAGAAGAAAAAACAGAUACAGCAAUAUUUUACCAAUACACACCGCAAUGCCGAAGAUUUGGGAUGAAAAAUACAAGACGAUCUACAUCAACGCCGUUUUCCUGCCGGCCUACAAAAACAGGCAAUCAUUUAUAGUCACACAGAUGCCUCUCAGAGAAACUGUUGUUGACUUUUGGAGGCUGGUUUACCAAUAUCGUGUUUCUACCAUCGUCCUCCUCAGUGAAGUAGAAGAAAAUUCGUCCGAUUUGAAACAGAACAUUGGAAAAUAUUGGCCAGAAGGCACUGAUAGUAUUCAGUAUGGACCUGUUACCGUAACCAAGGAAAUCUCAAGUUCAACAGAUGGAGAUGAGAAUUACAGUGUUAUUAAGCUUGUCUGCAGUUUAGAGAAAGGGGAAGAAAGGCAGAUCAAAAUAUUCAAAUGCAAUUUCUGGAGAGAUUCCGAGACAAUUCCUUCGUCAAUCUCACCAAUUUUGAAGUUAAUAAAUGACGUAGAAAUGCAUCAUAAUAAGAACAACACAGGCCCUAUCAUUGUUCAGUGCAGAAAUGGGGCUGAGAAAAGCGGCUUGUUUUGUGUCUUGCAAGUCGUGUUGGAAAGAAUGAAAAUAGAACAAGAUGUAGCCAUCCAUCAAGUUAUUCAGCACAUGCGAAGCGUGAGACCCAGCAUAAUUUCAAAUGUGGAGCAGUUCAAGUUUUGCUAUGAUGUUGUUAUGGAAUUCAUGAAGCAAUAUGACGCCUAUUCCAAUUUCCAAUGAGACAACUUUCCUUAUCUUUUCUAAGAAGUAAAAUAUCACAUUGUUAAAGUGCUGCUUUGUUAAAAUUUAGGUUAUCUGUAUUAAAUUCCAUUUUUAUUAUCUAGCUUGUAAUUAAGAUUUUGUAUCUAUUUAAUGUAUAUUAGAAGUUAUAUCUCUUUGAAUGUAGUCAAUAACUUAGCAAUGUAUUAUGUCUAAACAACUUUAA